AUGCCCUACUACAUGUAUGUUGCCGUGAACGAGGACAACAAGAUUUCGGUCUUCACCGUGGACCCCGAAAGCGGAGGUCUCACCCACCAGCGCGACGUGGCUGUCUCCGGCGGGCCGUUCAACCUGGCGAUCAGUCCCGACCGCAAUCACUUGUAUUGCGGAACCCGGGAAACCCCUCGGCUGACCAGCUUCAGGAUUGAUCAGUCCAAUGGAGACCUCACGCUGACGGGGGAGGUGCCGCUGGACUCGUGGCCGGUCUACAUCAACACGGACCGUAGAGGCAGGUUUGUGCUGUCGUCCUACUACCCGGGGGCACGCGUGAUGGUGCACCCCGUCGGGGACGACGGAUCAGUGGGGGGUGCCCCGGUCGUAUCGCUGGAGACGGCGACGGGGGCUCACGCGAUGCAGACCGACCCGACCAACAGCUACGCUUUCGUUCCUCACAUCGCGGGAAACGGCCCCAACCAGGUCUGGCAGUUCAAGUUCGACGAGGACACGGGCCAAAUUACCCCCAACUCUCCGGCGAUAGUGGAACUGGAGGAAUUCCUGGGGCCCCGUCACUUCUGCUUUCAUCCUUCCCUGGACGUCCUCUACUUCUCCAACGAGCAGGGGUGCAGCGUUAGCGGAUACCGUCUUGACACUGCGGCGGGAACGCUUGCUCUCUUCCAGACCAUUACCACCCUUCCCGCCGAGGGCUUUGCCGAGAGAAACACCUGCUCCCAGAUUCAGAUCACCGGGGCGGGCAGGUUUCUUUACGCGCCCAACCGGGGCCAUGACAGCAUCGCCUGUUACACGGUGGACACUGGCACCGGAGAAUUGGCCUCCAACGGCAUCGUUGCUUCAGAGGCAAGACCUAACGCCCUCUGCCUUGGCCCCGGGGACCGGCACAUCUACUCGGCCGGCCAGGAUUCGGGACAGAUGGCGAUAUUCGGCGUUAAUCCAGAUUCCGGCUCGCUAACCUUGUCGGAGACAGUCCCGUUGGGCAAGGGGCCGUGCUGGAUAUCUAUCGUAGAGUUGUCGGGAUAG